AAUAAAUGAAUUCAGCAGAGUUAUAUAUGAAAUUAAUUGAAGGUUAGAAAAUUGCAAAAGAAGCUAAGUUUGUUAUAAAGCCAGCUAGAAAAUUGAACACUUUAUCAAUUCAUUCAGCUCUUUUUAAAAUUAAAAAACAAAAGGAAUAACUUGAUUUAAAGAUAAGAUAAUUAGAUGAUUUUAAAUCAAACUUUAAUGAAAUGGAUUUCUAUUUGAUUGCUAAUUCUGGAGCUAUAGACUAUUUAUUUAAUAAAUAGGUCUAAUAAUCAAAUUAAGUUUAAAAUUAAAAAUCUUAUUAAUAAAAAAAUUCAAACUAAAUAUAACAUCCUAAGUCUUCUACAAUGGAAAAAAAAAAUAAUGUAAUUAAAAAAAAUAAUUCAAGAGACUAAAUAACUAUGUUAAGAAAUGAUUCUUCACUUUAAAGUAAUAGCGACCUAAAUGAUGUAGAUUUAGAAAUUUUAGGUAAUUGUGCUAAGUUUUUCCAUACAAAAGAACGCGCUUAAGUUAAAUAUUGGGGAGAACCGAUUGAUUAAUAAGAUAAUAUAAGAACUUCUAUAGAAAAUAUGGGACAGAAUUAUUAGAAUAUAUAAAGACUAUUGAGUGCCAAAUAAAAGUCAUCUUUUGUACAAGAAAUAAAGGAGGAAGAUGAACAUGAAGAUUAAGUUUUAAAAAAACAUGAAUUUUAAGACCAAGAAAACAUUAAAAAAGAAGAAGAAUUAAUUAUUGGCGAAAAUUAAUUAUAAGAAAUUAGUAAUUCUAAUAAUAUUUCUCAUAAUUAGUAAUAUUAAAGCGUAAAAUUAUUUAAUAAUAAUGAUAAUAACAGUUAACAAAGUAAAGGAAUUUAUCCAAUGUUACCAAAGAAGAAAAAAUUCAAAAGAAUUCAUAGUGCAGCCAAUCAAUCUUUAUUAAAAAGUACUUCCGUUCCUAUGUUUGUUGAAAAAUCAAUUAUUCCUAGACCAUAAACUGCAUAUUUAAGAUAAACACCUUAGCAUGCUCUUUUAACUUAUGGACCUGUUUAAGUAAUAAAAGAAAGAAUCACAAGGAAUUUCGAUCAUUUAGAAAUAUUGAAGGAAUAGGAAAAUUUAGAAAAGUUGAAGUAAAUUAAGAAUUAGGAAAAAUUUUUAUAGAAAACUGAACAAUAAUAAAUGAAAAUUACCGGAAUGAAACUCUCAGUAGCUACAGAAUAGGAAAACAUGUAUAAUCUUCAAAAUAAAGCUUAGUAAGCAAUAGAGGCAUAGUAAAACUAAAUUGAAUUAGAGUCUUAAAAUAAUAAUUAUUAUUAAGACAACAAUUAAGUUAU